UGAGGGUUUGCAACGAAUUACAAGGGGGGAACGAGAGAGCUUGGUGGCCUUCACCCGUAGGUUUAAGCGCCUGUCCCAAGCCCUAAUGGAUAGGGGGAUGUUGUCUGAAGUGGAUAGGCGCGUGAUGUUCAUGUUGCACCUGCCCGAGGAAAAGAGGAAAGAGGUCCUUGAAAAGGCCCCGAGGGAUUCUGCUAAUUUCGAGAAAGUCGCCGAGGUGGUUUUCACAGGGGGAGAAGUGAAUGUGAGGGAGUACAUGAAAGAGACCUUGGACAUGGCACUCCGCAACAUGCGAGACACGCGGAACGAUGGUCCAAGGGGGAGCGAUAGGCCACCCCCGGGUCCCCCUGUUCCCCGGUGGGGAGAACGGCCGACCGGAUGGAGGAACGAAUCGAGUGCCCAAGGAGGUUGGAAGAACGACCGGGAGAUAGGGGAGAAUCGUGGCUCCGAUUGGGGGAAUUCCUAUUGGAAGGAUGCGAGGGAUGAAAGGUGGGGGGAUGCCCCUCAAGCAAGGGCUUCUGGGCCGCGACCGGAGCUUAGGGCACCACCACCGCCAGCACCACCACCACCGGCUCCGCCUGCGCCUAUAGCGGCGACCACACAAGGGGGUCCGCGUCCCAGCAACCCGCAAGCUCGAAGUGGGUGUGUCUACUGCAAUAAAGAAAAUCACAUCAAGAGGGACUGCCCUUAUCUCACGGAGGCCUUAAGGUUGGGGGUGGUCAAACUGAAUGAGAACAAGUGGGUUGUGUGGGGAGAUAGCGGAGAGGCGGUCUCCUUUUACCCAUCAAUGAAGGUGAACGUGGACAAAAGGGUGGCCCUCCAGGAGGCUAGGCUGGGAAAGAAACCGGAAAUAGGGAGCUCCUCCAACACAACCCAUAUCCAAAUGACGAAGUCACCGGGGGGGUUGUCUAUUAGGGAACCCCAGGUGUCAAGCAUCAAGUUCAUUGAAACCCAGCCCGAGGAAGAGAGGCCUUGCCUAAGGGUGAGAACGCAGGUUGGGACCGACACGCCCGAGAGCCAAGGGAGCGUGGCGGAGGCCGGCGGAGUUAAGAAGCACAAAACCGUGGCGGAGAAAGUAAAACCCGUCGCAGUCAGCUGGGAUAGAACGGGGGAAGCUACAAUAUCGGAGGAAGAGAUCGCUGAUAUCAUCCGGAAAAGGAAAGAGACUGAAGGGCAAGGGAUAACGGCCGAUAGGUUGGCCAAGAUGGAUAUAGGGGAUGGGAAUCUCACGGAGAAAGAGAAAGAGUUCAUAGCCAUGACCUUAAGGGGCUGCGAUAAGGCCAUUGCCUUUGAUGACUCGGAGAGAGGGAGAAUCGACCCCAGAUAUGCUAAGCCGGCCCGGAUCCACACGGUCCCGCACGUGCCUUGGAAGGAUAGGCCUCAGUGGAAGUAUGCUCAAAAGGAGGAGGAAAUAGUUGCUUUUAUCAAGGAAAAGAUCAGGACGUUCGUUGCGGAACCUUGCAAGAGUGCCUACUCCAAUAAGUGGUUCUUUCUAAGAAAGGGGGGUAGCAACAAACUGCGAUGGAUUCAAAACCUCCAGAGGACCAAUGCGGUCACCAUACGAGACGUGGGAUCUAUACCCGAGGCCGACUUGCUAGCAGAAGGGUCGGCAGGUCGCUCGAUAUACUCGAUCUGCGAUCUCUUCUUUGGGUAUGACGAGAUCCCCCUAGACUAUCGCGAUAGGCAUAUGACCCCCAUGCAUACGCUGCUAGGGUUGGUCCAAAGGAUGGUGGUGCCAAUGGGUUGGACGAAUGGGGUAGCGGUAUUCCAAAGGGCCAUGAUCGUGGUCCUCAAGGAGUUCAUACUGGAAAAGGUGGAGGUCUUCCUGGAUGACUUCCCGAUAAAAGAGCCGGUCGAACGGGAUGAGACGGAGGUCUUCCCGGGGGUGAGAAAAUUCGUGGCCAACCACAUGAGUGAUGUCAGAAACGUCCUCGAGAAGUUAGAAGGUGCCAACCUCACGGUCCUACCGGUGGAAUACUUCCCUCGAGGAUGGUGGGAAGAGAUCACGAGCAAGCAUGCAUGGCUCGCGGAUCGUGCAUGGCCCAGCAAGCCGGCGCAGGCACUCCUUGCCACCAUGAAGUCCGAGAUCCUGGAUGCAAUAAAAACUUUGAUGGGAACCGAGCACUAUCCGAAUUUUUUCAGCAUGUUAGGCUUUAGCGAUCUCGCCAAUCUCGCCGCAUCGUGGGACGAAGGGAGGGACGCCUUUAAUGCCAAACUGUUAGCAUUAGCUAGGGAUCUGGAGGUAAGGAAGAUAGAGUACGGUAGGGAAUGUGUAGAGUUUCCCGCCAGAACGGCUAAUGUAGAACGUUUAUUUAUGAAGAUCUGGGGAUUAGACCACUCGCACCUACAAGGACAGGCUGUCGAGAAACCGCAGGCUGAGUGCGCUGUCAACGGUGCUCUUGCCAUGGAAAUUGACGAAAUGGAAGAAAUGAGAGCCGCCAUGAUCGGCGCCAUCGCCGAAAUCACAGCAAGCGCUAGCAGCACCCCUCCUAACGCUGCCCCCGCCCAUGGCACGCAGUUCACUGCCUUUGCGCCAUUGCCAUCGCUACACUGGGUUGAGCAUACAGGGCUAGGCUUCAAGCACCAGCUCUGGAAAUUGGAUACAUUCAACUACCUUGCUCCGUUUUCGCUCAACGCACUCGUCUUCCUCGCAGGCCUCACGAAGGAGGAAGUAGCGAACUGCAAGGCGAAUGCCAUGACCGUGGAAUUACCGUACUGCCCACCGGAAAAACCCUUCUUCAAACCGACACUGCUGCAAUUCCCUAUUUUAUCGGCACUAGAUCACACGAAGUGCGAACAGACUAACCCUGUCAUGUGGCAAAAAAAUAUCAGGACAGCCCCCGAGGUAGAUCUCAAAAGCCUGAGGAAGUGUUGGAACGUUGGGCAUCCCUACCUCAGAUGCCAGUGUGCCACGAAGAGAAAGGACUGCGGUAAUGGACCAAUCUAGAUGGACCAUGCCAUAUGGUACCUUCUCGCCCACCCAGACAUCCUCUUCCCCAACGUGGCGUCUGUAAAGGUAAGAAUCUC